UGCCACCAUAACUAUCUGACUGUAUUCGUGCAAAUAUUUUUCGUUACUAGUGGCGCGUUAACGUUAUAAAAUGACGCAUGUUGUUGUGCAUCGUUCGUCUGUUGAUCCGGAUGUCUUUCGUGGUGAUUAAAAUAGUUUUUAAUAUACUAUCAAAACAAAAACCAAUCUUUGUUGUGGAAAUGCAUUGGUUGUGUAAGUGUGUCAUCGGCUUGGCAGUAUUGGCCACUACAACUUGGUCAGCAUCACUGCCGAGUGUAACACAGAAAUGUGUGCCCCCCGGACCGGGGCUGUCACUAAAUGAUUUCCUUUCCGGGAAGUUUUACCUGUUUGAACGGCAGCAGGAAUUCAGCAUCAAGCUCUUGCAAACUGCUGUCACUGCUUCGCCGAAGCAGAACUUAAUAUUUUCGCCCCAUAGCAUAUAUACGGCUCUUUUAAUCACUUAUUUCUUAAGUAAUAAUGAAACGGAAGAGACCUUGAAGCGUUUCCUCAACCUACCGCCAGAACAGAGCAAACUAAGUGUAAUGCAAGCAUACCGUAUGGAGAAACUGUUUCACUCAAUGAGGGUGCUGAAUACCAGUGCAGAUUACGAUUUCAGCUCGGUAGACCGUCUAUUCGUUUCCAAGAGACUACCGAUACAAAAAUGUGUUGCCGAAGUAUUUAAGGACGAGGUACAUAAAAUGGAUUUCGUCGUUGACCCCGAACUCGCUCGCAUGUACAUCAAUAACUGGGUGACCAAUCAGACUAAUCAGGAAAUCAAGGACCUGUUACCCGAGGGGAAAAUCUCAUAUGAGACGAGACUUGUGCUAGCAAAUGCGGCGUACUUCAAAGGUUUUUGGAGCUCGAAAUUUUCCUCCGAAAGCACAAAAGAUGAGGUAUUUUAUACGUCACCAACCGAGAAUGCGUAUGUUCCGAUGAUGUGGCAAUCUGGAGUUUUUAAUCUACUUAGCUCAGAUGAAUUGGGUGCGCACGUAUUAGAACUCCCAUACAAAGGCGGCGAUAUCAGUUUGUUCGUGAUCCUGCCACCUUUCAACAAACAGCGUGGAAUAAGUCAGCUUAGUAAGAGGCUCAAUACGAACAUUUUACAGAACAUUGUUUCGUCAGGUGAAUGGACAACGCGGCCCGUUGAGGUAUCUCUGCCUAAAUUUAACGUUGAACAGAGUAUGGACAAUUUAGUACCGAUACUGGAGCAAAUGGGAAUCGGAAACUUAUUCAAAGGCAACGUUGACCUAUCGGCGUUGACUGGUAACGCGAACGAUGUGACCAUCGACGAUGCUGUACACAAGGCAAAAAUCUCCGUAGACGAAGAAGGCACGAUUGCCGCGGCGGCAACGGCGUUCAUUAUGUCUCGAUCAUCCAGGCCGGUAGAGCCUUUCAAGUUCAGAUGUAAUCAUCCGUUUAUCUACUUCAUAUUCGACAAAGUAACCGGAUCGGUACUGUUUAUGGGCGUUUACAAUUCUCCGAAAUCUAACUAGAUUUUAAACCAUAUACGUCAUCAGACGUGUCGUGCACAAAAGGAUACGAGACACGGUGUAGGACUGUAAAAGACAACAUUUGUAUUAUCAUAUAAGUCUAUGAUCGUUGUCUUAUUAUAACGUAGUUCUAAGAUGUAAAUAUUUAUAUGCGUUUUAUGUUUACUAUUAUUAUUAUUAUUAUUAUUUGUAUGUAUAUAUUAUUAUAAUGUAUUUUAAUUUUACGCCAAUUGUUUCUAAUUGAAUGUCGAUAUAUUGUCCUGUAAAACGAAGUACCUACGUAGACCCAUUCGUGACUGUACCUAUAUACCACAUCAUAUAAAAUUAUGUUACAUAUGACACGUGAAUGUUUUUUCUAAGUUUUUUUGGUGAGAGGAGGAGAGGUUCCACAGAAUUACAUCGUAAGUGGGAGAACAUUUUUAUAAAUCUAUAUUUAGGAAUAUUUUUUGUUUUUAUGAUUGUAAAAUAUAUAAUUUAUGUACUUAAAUAUUAUGAAUAAAAAUAUUAAUAUUUAUGUUGAAAAAUAAACACCGUAGUGUGACGUUGAAUAUCAAUUUUAGGCAGUUAAACAUUUUGUAUAUUUAGUAUUAAACCGUCACAUUUCUCUCAUUUAUGUGGCGUUUAUCGGAAGAUAAUUCAAAUGUAGUUAUAAUUUAAAUGUGUAAUUUAUAAAUAAUUAUAUAUAUUAGUACGUGUGAACAAAUAUAUAAUAUUACAUAGUAAUGUAUUCGUUAGACAAUAAUGUUUUGUACGCGUGUUAACCGUUGUAUAAGUGAAAUAAAUUACAUGAUGAUGAUGUACA